AUGUCAGGCAAUGCUGAAUUUCUAUCGAACUGGCGAACAACACGAGGAGUCCAGAUCGGCGACGAUGCGGAAGGAAUAGCCAGCAAGGCUAAAAGCAUGUUCAGCGCGUUCACGGACAGAGUGCAAGAGGGAUACAGCUCAGCCUACAAUGCCCUCCCGCUGCAUAAUCAAGAUCUCGAUGCACAACAGGAGCCUUCCUGGUUCAAGCUUUCAAGAUUUGAGCGUCUUGUAUGUUUUUUCUGCUUUAUUUCGGGGUCGAUAGUGUGCUUUGCUCUGGGAAUCCUGCUAUUUCCCGUUUUAACAUUAAAACCUCGCAAAUUCGCCAUGCUGUGGACUCUGGGCUCACUCUUGUUCGUUCUGAGCUUCGGAUGUUUGCAAGGGCCUGUUGAUUAUUGCAAGCAUCUUGUAUCCAAGGAAAGACUGCCAUUUACAGUGGUGUUUUUUGGCAGUGUUUUGAGCACGUUGUACUGCGCAGCGAUUUUAAAGUCGACAAUUCUCACUCUGAUCACAGGAAUCAUUGAGAUAUUUGCUGUUCUCUACUACACAUUGAGCUACUUCCCGUUCGGGGCGCAAGGAUUUCAGAUGGUGGCCACAAUGGGGCUUCGGCAGUUCAGUAGGGAAAUCCCAUCGUUCAAACUCCUCGAGACCAAGUACUCCUACUCGUUUUUGGACAUCCAACCAAUUUCCAAGGGUCAUGUAUUGGUGAUUCCAAAGUACCACGGGGCCAUGCUGCACAACAUCCCAGACGAGUUCCUUGCGGACAUCCUGCCGGUGACCAAGAAGCUGGUCAAAGCACUAGGCCUGGAAGUCAGCACUCCUGACGAAGAUGGCUACAAUGUCUUGCAGAACAACGGCCGGAUUGCUCACCAGGUCGUCGACCACGUCCACUUCCACCUGAUCCCCAAGCGGGACCCAGAGACGGGACUCGUUAUCGGCUGGCCAGCAAAUAAUGCAGACAUGGGCGAGCUUUCCGAGUUUGCAAAGGAGCUCACCUCAAAGCUGGCAUAA